ACUGUCAAAACAUUCCAAUGGUGUGAGCUAGAAUCCGGUGCAGAGAUCGCUAGCAAAGCGCAAGACCCCAGGUACAGUCAUGGCUCCCCAAAAUGCCUUUUUUCUGCUGGUUAUCCUGGCUGAUGCUAUCCACGGGCAACAACAACAACAGUUAAUGGAGUACGUGGAAAGAAGGCUGUCUGUCUUAGAGGAGCGGAUCUCCCAGUGGCACGAUCAGAGUAGUCGUUACUCCAGUGAGCUGAGGGAUUUUAAAAACAAAGUGUUGUCCAUGCUGGAAUCAGUGGAGAAAGAACGGGAAACGAUCCGGGCAGAGGUAGAGAACACAGCCGUGCGCGUGGAUCGGCUGGAGCGUGAGGUGGACUACCUUGAAACCCAAAAUCCUGCUCCAUCUUGUGUGGAGGUAGAUGAGAAGCUCAUGGAAAAUCAGGUCUCCACUGGCAAAAAGCGCAAGAAUGAGAAGUAUGAGAAACUGACAGAUUGCAGUGAUACUAUCUCCCAAGUGAAAGCCAUGAAGAUUCUAAAGCGUUUUGGCAGCACUGCUGGUCUCUGGACCAAAGACCCCUUAGGGAAUUCAGAGAAGAUCUAUGUGUUUGAUGGCACCAGCAACGAUACUGUGUAUGUCUUUCCCAGGAUGAGAGAAUUCACACUCUUUUCUGCUACUCGAAAAGCAGCACGUAUCAGGCUACCCUAUCCAUGGGUAGGCACUGGACACUUGGUAUAUGGAGGCCAUCUUUAUUAUAUUCGGCGGCAUGGAACAUUCCAGGUCAUCAAAUUCAGUUUGGCCAACAAAACUAUUGUUGAUAGCUCUGUCUUCCCUGCGGAGGAACAGAUCCCUGUCUUUGGUCUUUCAUUUUACAAUUACAUUGAGCUGGCAGCUGAUGAGGAAGGACUCUGGGCCAUCUACGCCACACAAGAGAAUGAGAAGAACAUUGCACUGGCCAAACUAGACCCUGCGUCUCUAGACAUUGAGCAAAUGUGGGACACACCAUGCCCCCGUGAGAACGCUGAGAGUGCCUUUAUCAUCUGUGGAGCCCUCUAUGUGGUGUAUAAUACCCGCCUGCCCAGUCGGUCUCGUAUCCAGUGUGUCUUUGAUGUCAGUGGCUCUAUGUCAUCUGAAGAUGCUGGCCUGGUCUAUUUCCCCAAGCGGUAUGGCUCUCACUCCAGCAUGAAAUACAGUCCCAAAGAGAGGCAGAUAUAUGCCUGGGAUGAUGGCUAUCAGAUCAUCUACCGUAUGGAGAUGAAGAAGAAGACCGAGGUCUGAAAAAGCCCAGGGGCUCUGUUGGAGAGGAGGGACAUGUUUCUGUGACUCUGCCACCCAUUCAUGCCAAGUGGCAUUGUGGCAUGUUCAGCUCCAGAGAAAAUCUGCAGCCACCGAAAGUGGCAGCUUGAGUGUUAAAAAAGAGAGAAAGAUGUCUUCACAUUCAUCAGUUCUUGACAUGAAGUGUGUGUGUGUGUGUGUAUACAGUGUAUAUAUACAGUUGUAACUGAUUACAACUGUUCUGCAAAUUACUGGAUGGGAUGUAUUAACAGAAGAUAUUUACUUUCUUUUUUAAAAGACUAAUUUGGUUUCAACAAGUUAAGCAGAAAAACAACUGAACAAUGACAACAAAAGAAAGGCAUUUUCCAAUAGAAAUGCAGAUAAUUUCUUUUGUUAAAAAAGGACAUUUAAGUAGAACAGAAAUUAUCUAUAUCUUUUAUUGAAACUAUCAUUCUUUUUUGGUUUUAGCUAAAGUAAAACUGAAAUAGCCUUUUAAAAUUAAAAUUUCCUAUCUACUUCACACACACACACACACACACGUAUGUUCUAUACAAUAACUUGCAGAACACUUUUAACCAAACCUAGUUCCUAGAGAGGGAUACAUAUCCCCAGAUUUUCCCUAUAACUUAGAAAUCAAGCUGGCAUCUCCCAACUAGAAUUGCCAAUUCUGUAGACUUUCCCGUCUGCAAAAACACAGCCCAGCAGGAUUUUCAAUUCAUUGCCCAUGUGGGUGAGCAGGCAGGCAUUCAUGACUCCAAGGCCAGACAACUAGAGUUUGCACUGCUAUAAAAGAUAUUCCCAGCGGCUUCUGUUAAUUUAACAAGAGUGUAAAACAUAUUGUUCUUCUUACUUUUUCUGCCCUUCAAAAGGAACUUGUGUUUCUGGGAACUCAGAUGCUAUAAUUGGGCAGUCCAGGUGGCAGUUUCCUGCUUAGUUGUUGUACCUUAUUAUUUUUCUUGUUAUUUUUUAAUGUCUCCUCUCAGUGAAUCCAAGGAUGUUUGUUUCAGACAUUUUUUCAUGCAUAUGAAAAAGUAGUUGCUGCAGCUCCUCAUUGUGAGAUCUGCCCCUGAUUUGCAAUUUACCUCUGAUUUUCUACGCACAAAACUUGGUUCCUUAUUAAAGAGGCACUAAUUCUGUGAUCAGUCUAGGCAAAGAUCUAUUGAGAUGGAAUUGUCCUAGGACUUGCAGGAAGAAUCUCUCUCAAAAGGAAAUCAAGGCCACAUUUAGUCCUUGCCAGCAAAUUGGAGUUUAACUGAAGGCUUCCCAAACCAGGAAGCUUUCAAUCACAUUUCAUGUGGGAAAAGAGACAAGAGGAGUGAGGAGGGUAUGAACAUGGCAAACAAGUUAUGUUUAUGCCAGUUAUGAGGAAACAAGAUUUUGGGAAGUGAAUACAAGAAUCUGCUUUAUACUGAAUCAAACUCUUGAUCCAUCAAAGUCAGCAUUGUCUACUCAUACUG